AUGGCGACGGUUUCGAGUCCGACGAAAAAGGCGAAAUCGCCGUUUCUCGCUUACCUUCUCGCGGCUGUCGUCGUCUGCAUCUGCCUAUGCGCCGCCAUCAUUCUUUAUUUGACGAUGAUUCGACACAACGACAGCGGACCGGAUAUUGAUAAAGAUUUUCAAAAUUCCACACAUCCGAUUAUUCCGACGCCGGCGAUCUUGACGACGACGACACAACCGGGUUUGACGUCGACGUCAACUCAGAGUUCAUCGUCAACUUCUACUUCUACUUCUACAUCUACUACCACUACCACCACCACCACCACGACAACGACGACACCUCCACCGGAAAUCGUAAUGCCGGUCGACAUCGAUUCGCUAUUGAAAGCGAAAUCCAAAGACGCCGAAAUUGUUGAAAAGUGCCGCGCGAUUGAGGCGCUUCCCGUCUCGUGCGCUCCAACAGCUCCCAAUGAGCUUGAGGUGCAGGUGAUCGACUUCAAGCCGAUCCAUUAUUCGAUGAAUUUGACGAUUCGCGAUGUUCGCAAGCCGGUGAUCGAGGGAUCCUCGAAAUUGUAUGGUGUCGCGUUGAAGGAAUCCCAUGGAAUUGUUGUUCACGCCGCGAAACUGCACAACCUCGACAACCGCGAACGCGUGCAUAUCAUCAACUGCGACACCGGCGAGACGGUGUGCAUUUCAUCGAUCAAACUCGACGAGAAACUCGCGACGGCGACAUUCGAGACGGCGCAAUCGAUUCCGGCCAACACCAACUUUCGAAUCGACCUCAACGGAUUCAUUUCGGCCGACGCUGGCAACAACGUGUACAAGCAGAUACCGACGGCGAAAUGGCGAGUGCCGACGAUGAUCGGAACCGUCUUCGAGCCGACUUCAUCGCGUUCUGUCUUCCCAUCGUUCGACAAUCACAAUCAGAAAGCCACGUUGGAUUUGUGCGUAUCCCACGGACCGUCGAUGAAGGCGAUUUCGAAUGCGAAUCUCACAGAAUCGAACGGAUCGAUGUCGUGCUUUGCGAGAACGGUUCCACUAACUUCCCAGCAAAUGACGUUUGUUGCUUAUGAGAAGACAUCAAGCCUGUUCUUCAACGAGACCUCAAUUGAUGGAGCUUAUAUGCCGGAAGUCGAGCUCGUCGUCAAUUUGAACACCAACUUCCGUCGGGGGCAAUAUGAAUGGAUUUACAACGAGACGUCGAAAGUGAUGGCGCUGCUAACGAAAUGGUCGGCGUUCUCCUAUCCGCUCGCACGGCUCUCCAUCAUCGUGGCGCCGGUGAUGACGGGACAUUCGGCGUUGGGCGUCAUCACGUUGCCCGCGCAAGCGGUCGCCUAUCAGAAGCACACGACGACGCACGAGACGCUCAUCAAGGAAGUCAUCGGUCAAUGGCUCGAGGGUGUUGUGAGCACCGACAACACGUGUUUCGAGAAGGCUCUCAUCGCUUACUUGGAGUGGAAGCUCAACGAGGAGUUGCACAUUGUGAAAAAGACGCGCCAGGCGGAGAUCGCUCGAAUCCGUCCGCGGAAUCUCAACGAGACGCACGAUCCGUUGCGCGUCAUUCGUCAGCUGUCAUCAUCAUCAUCGGCGGCGACGGUGUGCUCGCCGCGAUUCGUCGAGGUCUUCUACACGCUCGAUGAGACGUAUGGUCCCGAAACUGUCAUUGGAAUGAUUCGAGUGAUAUUCGACAAAUUCGCGUUUGCGACCGCCUCGAUUUUGGAUUGGCAGCAAGCCGCCGAGCAGGCGACUGGCAAACCGGAAGCUGGCACGAUGAUCGCCGAAUGGUAUACGCGACUCGCGACGAGACCCGUCCUAAAGGCCACCGUCCUCUCGCAGUCUGUCGAAUUUGAGCAAUUGAGCAAUGAGACGUGGACGGUUCCCGUCGAAAUCGCCGGCUCCGAUGGUAGCCAACUCGCGGUGAUCGCCGAUCGGAAGCAAUCGGUGCCGUUCGUCUCCAGCCAUUACGUCGUCGUCGAUCCGCACCGAAAAUCGCACGCGUUCGUCAUUUACGAUGCCGACACCUACGUUCGCCUCAUCCGCUGCUACGGCGACGCGACGCGAUGCCCGUCGAAACAAAUCGGCGCCGCGUUCGCCGAUCUCGCCGCCGCGCUCAUCGCCAACAUGCUCGACGAGCCGCGACGCGACGACAUCGCCAAAUGGAAGUCGGUGUUCAAAUUCAUGGCGCAACAGAAUCUCGUCGACGGCACCGCCGCGUGUUGCGUCGAGCACGCGAUACGCGAAAUGCGCAAAUGCUCGUAUUGGGACGUUCAAGACGUGUGCACCAAAAUCAAAUUCAACACGGUGAUGUCGGCGGUCGCCUAA